UUCAAUUUACGUUUAAAACGAUAAGAACGUUUUACGUCUAAUAUUUCGACUCGGAAUGGUUUAUUUAUUUCAUUAUUAUAUUUUUUUCUACUGCCUCGAUGAGCAAAUUUUGACAAAAUUGAGUUUUUUCAUUUCAUUCUGAUAAAAGAAUUAAAUUGACUGGCUACAAAGUAUUUAUUUUCAGGACUACAUUUCAACAUCAACAAUAACGAAACCGAUAAUUACCGAAAAAAAAACCUAAUUAGUACAUGAGUUAUUUUUGUAAGUAACGUCAUUAAGAAUAAGUCACAUAAUGUUUCCUUAUUUAAUAAAGAGAAUUUUGUUGUAUGAUAAGAAAUAAAACACGGAACGGAAAUUAUUGCUUUAGAUUCAUUAACUUGUUGUGUUUAGUCGUCGUAACAAACAUCAUUAAAGUUCAAGCAAUAUAAAGAUAAUCGCCUAAAAACAUUAUUUCAAAGUAAAAAUAAUAAAUGCCACGCGAGUGCCGGUUGUGUAAUUAAGAGGUAAAAUAGUAAUGAUGGAUAAAUUUAUUUAUUUUAACUCAAUUAUGAUUUUAAUUGGUUUCUUGACGAUAAUAUUGUCAAACUUUACUGUGAAAACUGAAAAUUUUCACUUCCAUCUCCGAGGAGUCAAUGAAACCGUUGAAACGAAAUUUCCAGAUAAUUUUAUGCUCGGUGCAGGUUCUUCUGCGUUUCAAACCGAAGGCGCAUGGAAUGUAUCUCAAAAGGGUGAAUCGAUUUGGGACAGAAUGACUCACAAAAAGCCGCAUAAAAUAGUCGAUGGAUCUAACGCCGAUUUCGCAACUAAUUUUUACAAUAUGUAUAAAACAGACAUUAGUCUAAUUAAACAGAUAAACGGAAACGCGUAUCGAAUAUCGAUAUCAUGGUCGAGAGUCAUGCCAACAGGUUUCAGUAAUAAUAUCAAUAUCGAUGGAAUAUUGUACUACAAUAAUGUAAUAAAUGAAAUGAUCAGACAAAAUAUUACACCUCUUGUAACGAUAUACCACUGGGAUCUGCCUCAAAAAUUACAAGAUCUAGGCGGAUGGACGAAUCCCUUCAUUGUCGAUUGGUUCGUCGAUUAUGCUCAGGUGCUUUUCACCGCGUUCGGAGAUAGGGUCAAAUAUUGGAUUACAAUAAAUGAACCUUCAGUAAUGUGUUAUUUUGGUUAUAACGGAGAGUUUGCGCCUGGAAUAAAUCAAUCUGGUGUGGGUGAUUAUCUGUGUGGUCAUCAUGCUUUAAUAGCUCACGCUAGAACAUACCGGAUGUAUCAACAAGAAUUUCGUAAUCAACAGAAUGGCCAAGUAGGAAUAGGAUUAUUAUUGACAUGGCAGUCCCCUGAAAAACCAAAUGAUCAUAAAGAAGUGUUAGGGGCUGAACUAUCUUGGGAGUUUUGGAACAGCUGGUUUUUGCAUCCGAUAUUUUCAAAACAUGGUGACUAUCCCCAUUCAAUGAAACACCGGAUAUCACAACUUAGUCAUCACCAAGGAUUUCCUCGCUCACGGUUGCCAAAAUUAACGAAAAAUCAAAUUCAGAUGAUACUAAAUUCGGUUGAUUAUUUGGGGAUUAAUUUUCAUUACUCAGUAGUUGUAAAAAAAUUGCUAAGGCAUCGUUCUAAAACAAUAGUAUCUUUUACAGAAGAUACAGGAAUGACUUCAAUUUUUUCGACAACUGCCGAAUCUAAAUGUACACCAUCGGAAAUGUCGAAGGCGAUACAACAUAUGUUGAAGCUGUAUAAGAAUAUUCCGUCUAUAAUCAUCACCGAGAAUGGAUACGAAGAUGACGGCGGGUUAACUGACAAAAAUCGUGCCCAUUUUUAUCACCACAAUCUUUAUCAAGUGUUGAAACUAAUCUCACAGGGUGUAAAUAUUCGCGGCUAUUUUGCAUGGUCGCUCACCGAUAGCUUCGAAUGGCUCCGAGGUUACUCAAAAAGAUACGGAAUUUUUUCAGUUAAUUUUACUGACCCUCAAUUGCCUAGAAUGCCCAAAUUGUCGUCCAAAGUUAUAAGUCAAAUUUACAAAAAUAGAACUGUUUUAAAUUCUUUUACGCUUGUCCACUAAAAUAAUUUAAAAAAUUUUAGGUUUAAAAAAAAUAAUUAAGUUAUUGGAGUCUUCUUAUUUUGGCGAAAUAAAAAUCAAAAAAUGAAUUUAUUACAACUCAUUAAAAGAACACGGACUGUCAGAUUUUUCAAUUGAUAUUUUUUUUUUCUUGUACUAAAGACUCUUUCAAUAGCAAUUAAUUUUAUUACAUAUAAAUUAAAGUAAUUACCAUAAAAACUCUAUCAAUAAUUUUGAUCGAAAAAAAUAAAGAAAAAAAUAUUUUUUUUUCCCAUUCGAAAAAAAGAAGGUCAUAUAAAUAAAUAUCAAUAGAUCUGAAGUGAGAGAGCCGAUAUCAGAUUCUUCCAUUAAAAGAUCCUCAAUGCAGCGGAAUAGUCAUAAAGGUAUGUAUAACUACAGCCUGGGAAGGUAUUUACAUCGUCUAGAUAUAUACCACACAACCACUUAUAAAGUGCUUGUACUGAGUUACGAGAGAGUGAGGCACCAAUAUGAUGCAACGCUUGAUUAAGAUCAUUACGAGUGAUACGCGGAUCGUCAUCCUCGCUGGCGCGAUCGAUCGCUCGGAUCCGCCUACGUCGAUGAUUUACC